CUGGGUCGGCUCCCCGUAGGUGAGGGAAAGUUAAGGUGAGCCUCCAGCAGGAUUUUUGUCCGGUGACAGCAAGGAAAGUCUCGGAGAAUUUUUUUUUUUUCUUUUUUUCCCUGCUUUGGAGGCCCAGGUUCAAGGCAAAUUAUAAGUGGGGAACCAAUUUGAAGGAAAGAAAUUGGAACCGAGUUCAGGUGGCAGGUCCUGGGAGAGAAGACCAGCCCUGUCCGAAGUCUGCACCGGCAGCUGACCAACUUGGGGGCCUGGGUUAAGGGAAGAGGGGUUCGGCCAGCACAGGUGGAAGAGAAACUGAUACUGCCCCAAAGAGGCCAACUGAUGGAGGGCACCAGUCCAUGCGCUCGGUAUCUUUAAUCGGUUAAAGCCUUUACAUGAUUUCUUCAAGGCUAACCGGCCGCAGCAGAGCUGUGCCUUUGAUUGGCUAGGGGGCUUUCUGCGAGCCCUAGAAUGACGUUUCUCUACUACUGAGCAAGGGACGGGGGCCCCCACUAUGCCUCGGUUCAGCCUCCUCUCCUGGUCCCUUUCUGCUGGGCGUGAAACGAUGCUCACCAAUCCCACCUAAAGCAGGAAGCAAGGAGCCCAGCCUUUUUGUGCACACAGGAGCCGUCACUGGCCUCCUUUUCUGCCCCCAAGACAAGAGAGGACUCUUGGAAGCCGAGUAGGGUUUCAGAAGUCUUUCUGGACUGAGCCCAGCGUGGUGAGAGGCGAAGGGCCCCGGCGGCCGGCGGGAGGCGGGAGGGGGCGCCCAGGGCCACCAUGGGCCUGCUCAAGGGCCUCCUCGGGGCGCGAAACCUGCUGCUCGUCAUCUUCGUGCCGCUCCUGCUGCUGCCCCUGCCCAUGCUCCACCCCAGCAGCGAGGCUUCGUGUGCUUACGUGUUGAUCGUGACCGCUGUGUACUGGGUGUCUGAGGCCGUGCCUCUCGGAGCUGCAGCGCUGGUGCCUGCCUUCCUGUACCCGUUCUUCGGAGUCCUCCGGUCCAGCGAGGUGGCCGCGGAGUACUUCAAGAACACCACGCUGCUGCUGGUGGGCGUCAUCUGCGUGGCGGCUGCCGUGGAGAAGUGGAACCUGCACAAGCGCAUUGCUCUGCGAAUGGUCAUGAUGGCCGGAGCCAAGCCGGGCAUGCUGCUGCUCUGCUUCAUGUGCUGCACCACGCUGCUGUCCAUGUGGCUCUCCAACACGUCCACCACCGCCAUGGUGAUGCCCAUCGUGGAGGCCGUGCUGCAGGAGCUGGUCAGUGCCGAGGAGGAGCAGCUCGUGGCUGGCAGCUCCAGCACCGAAGAGGCCGAGCCCAUCAGUCUUGAGGCAAACAACAGCCCACCCUCUCUGGAACUCAUCUUUGUCAAUGAAGACACAUCGACUGCAGACUUCACCUCGCUGAUGCACAGCAAGAACGUGAAUGGUGUGCCCACGAUCACCAGCCCGGGCAAAACAGCAAAUCCCCAGGGCAAGAAGCAGCGCCGGUCCCAGGAAAAGCCACUCGUCCUGCUCCCCGGCUCCAGGAACCAGGAGCUCAACAGAAGGUACAAGUCCCAGCAUGACCAGAUGAUCUGCAAGUGCCUCUCGCUGAGCAUAUCUUACGCUGCUACCAUUGGGGGCCUGACCACCAUCAUCGGCACGUCCACCAGCCUGAUUUUCUUGGAACACUUCAACAACCAGUACCCAGCUGCGGAGGUGGUCAACUUCGGCACCUGGUUCCUCUUCAGCUUCCCCAUCUCCCUCAUCAUGCUGGUGGUCAGCUGGUUCUGGAUGCACUGGCUGUUCCUCGGCUGCAAUUUUAGAGAGACCUGCUCUCUGAGCAAGAAGAAGAAGACCAAAAGGGAAGAGGUGUCAGAGAAGAGAAUCCAAGAGGAAUAUGAAAAGCUGGGAGCCAUUAGCUACCCUGAAAUGGUAACUGGAUUUUUCUUCAUCCUGAUGACCGUGCUGUGGUUUACCCGCGAGCCUGGCUUUGUUCCUGGCUGGGAUUCUUUCUUUGAAAAGAAGGGCUACCGCACCGACGCCACCGUCUCUGUUUUCCUCGGCUUCCUGCUCUUCCUGAUCCCAGCAAAGAAGCCCUGCUUUGGAAAGAAGACGGACGGAAAGAACGAAGAGCCCUCACUGGGGACAGAGCCCAUCAUCACCUGGAAGGACUUCCAGAAGACCAUGCCCUGGGAGAUUGUCAUUCUGGUGGGAGGAGGCUACGCUCUGGCUUCUGGCAGCAAGAGCUCUGGCCUCUCCACGUGGAUUGGGCACCAGAUGUUGUCUCUGAGUGGCCUCCCACCGUGGGCUGUCACCCUGUUGGCAUGCAUCCUGGUGUCCAUUGUCACAGAGUUCGUGAGCAACCCAGCCACCAUCACCAUCUUCCUGCCCAUCCUGUGCAGCCUGUCUGAAACGCUGCACAUUAAUCCACUCUACACUCUGAUCCCAGUCACCAUGUGCAUCUCCUUUGCAGUGAUGCUGCCUGUGGGCAAUCCCCCCAAUGCCAUCGUCUUCAGCUAUGGGCACUGCCAGAUCAAAGAUAUGGUGAAAGCUGGCCUGGGGGUCAAUGUCAUUGGCCUGGUGAUCGUCAUGGUGGCCAUCAACACAUGGGGAGUCAGCCUCUUCCACUUGGACACUUUUCCUGCCUGGGCGAAGGUCAGUAACAUCACUGAUCAGGCCUAACACAGGUGGGCAAACGGUCCAACUGAAGGAGCUGCCAGCACCUACCAGAAUCUGACCAAGAGGCCAAGAAAGCCACCAGGAGCACACAAACGACACCAGAGGAUUCUGCCAUCUGCCACCUCAAGUGAAGUGCAGCAAGCCUCUGACAACCGAAACACAUGCCUGGAUGUUAGUGCCUUCUGCUCUGCUCUCCUUCCUUAGCACCCUAGUUCAGGAAAACCUGUGGUCUUGCUCACUUCCUGUAUCUUGAGCUCUCCAAUUCCUUCUAAAGACCAGAAGAGAAGAAAACCUUAGUUACCCCUCAGAGGCUAAGCCUCACAAACUAGCCUCACUAGGUUUAUUCUUAAUAUCUUAAUCCCUUUUUAGGAAUUGAGGGGAAAUCCAAAUCAUCCUCCCUAUGCACUAAUAAUGAAACCAGUUACAUCUCCUCUUUUGGAGGACAAUCUCCCCUCAGAAUUUUCCC